CCAUGAUUGCCUGUCGCAAUUAAAACAGUUCUCAGUUCGUGUCGCCUCUUUGCCGGUGGAUGAACCAACCACUCAAUUUUUUGUAUUGCAACCAGAAAAGAAAACAUUCUUUGAGAGUUUGACAACGUUAAUUGUGCAAGCACAGGAGUAACUGCCUCUCACGGCUGCAAACACCAAGAUGUCCCGUUCAAAAACUCUCCUUCGAGAGAUAAUUGACUCUAACCACCGAAAACUAAACAGACACUCGCGCUUUGCUCCUCCGAAGACAAACACUCUUAAACACCUGCAGAACGAGUUCAGAAAAACAAUUCCCCGCCCACGAUAUGCAUUUGUCACGUUGGUGAUGUGUGGUGACGAUUAUGUUAAAGGAGCACUAACCUUGGCUUGGUCUCUAAGGCAACAGAAAACAAUGCACGAACUGAUAGUCAUGGUUACGCCUGACGUCAGCGUUUCAGCGAUGAAGCUACUGCGCAAACUCUAUGAUCGCGUAAUCAAGGUGCAGUACAUUAAAACCAGAGUAAAAAGUGCCCUGAGAGGGAAAAAGUACCGAAGCGAACAUAAAUGGAUAGAAUUCAGUUUGACAAAAGCGCGCAUGUUAAAACUCACAGAAUAUGACAAAAUAGUUUGGUUGGAUGCAGAUUCGCUUGUUCUCAACAAUAUCGACCACCUCUUUGACCUUUCAACUCCAGCUGGUGUGUGCUCCAGCAUCAGAAAUCAUGAUUAUUGGCAUGGCUCUAAGAUACCCGAGUUAGAAAUCGAAAGCGCUGUUGAGAACAAUUAUGGUGUCCAUGGAUGCAUCAUGGUGCUGACACCAAAUUUAGAUCAUUACCUGUUGGCAAGUUCUCUGCCUCAAGUUGGAACCACUGCUAACUUUGUCGGACCUGAUGAAUUUUUCUUCACGCAGUUGUACAAGACUGAGUGGCAUCAUAUCCACAUCAAGUACGCAUGUACAAAGUGGUUUUACGAAAUGCGAGACGUAAAACCGAAUGUGAUUCAUUUCUUUGGCGACAAACCAUGGGAGGACGAGAGCGACUGGGACGGAGUAAGAAAGUGGAGGGAAGCAGCGCAAGGCAUGGUACGAGUCUGUCCUAAAAUGUCGGAUUUGUUCGUGACACUAGGUCAGCCGAGUUCUCGACGAAGUCACCACGAAGUAAGGUUCUCAGCAAGUUGUGAAGUAUCCGGAGUAAGGACGCAAAGUUCAACGCCGCCUAAAUUGCGUUUCGGGAACUCUUGAAAACGUCAAGAUAGCAUUAUCGUCUUAUUUCGCCAAAACAAGAUAUCGUAUAAAUACUGGUUUACCUCGCAAAUUCAGAGGGACAGAUGGUACAUAUCAAGCUGAUAUGUAGUUAGCACCAUAUUAUCUUACCAAUGUUGCCCUUGAGUCACACAUCAAGGUCACAAGAAUAGGAAAAUGAUAACCUACUUAAGUUGAUUGUUAAACAAAUGCUCCUUGUCAGCACAUUAGAAAUGUUAGAAGAGAGUAUUAGGGAGAAUAUAAAUACUGAUCUCUGGGCUUAAAGGGUUAAAGCCUGUCACAAAUACACCUAGUAAUGGCCCAGUUAACCAUCGAGUUUUUUCACGCUUAGUUCUAAGGCAUCGGAGCGCGAGAAUCCAAACAAUUGAAGGUCUGGAGUUCGAAACCUCGAAAGGGAUUAAAAGUUUUCCUUUGUCACACGCUUCCGACACGACAAAUAAAGUCUUUCUAUAAUGAAAAUUAAAGAAGUUACUGUCAGUCUAGCUAAGGAGAGCUUGUCGAUUGACUGUUGUAAAACCAAACCAAAGUACCAGUUAGCACAACAGCGAAUCAGAAAAAAGAAAAGUCCCAAGUUAUCGAUGAGAACUGAAGUAAAAUCCAGUAAAUUGCCCAAGUAGCGAUUGGGUUUAGUUAUGAAUCUGAUUCAUUGCAAGGGAGAGGCGAAUUUUCUGAACCAAUCACAGAAUGAAGUAAAGAACACAUAAUGCAAUCACGUUCGAUACUAAAAAUUCUCUGACUGUCGAGAUCUCUUUAGCCGUUUUCCAGUGCGUACCCUAAACAAGAAAGACAUUCAGUGUACCGUCUCAAGUGAAUUCUUUAUAUUCAGCCUACUUUUUGAGAACUUUUAACCUAUAUAAAUAUAUAUUGACAACUUUAAACGUUUAACCAUGUAUGCUCCAUCUCGAAAGCUUGGAAGAAAUAUGUUCUCUAUUCAAUAUUCUCCCUGUUCGGUGUUGGUG